GUGACGGUACUAGCAGCAGCAACAUUGGCUUUGUCCGAAAACAAGCUGAAUAAAAAGUAUUUUGCGUCGUGCGAUCGUAAAUCAAUACCGUAAUUGUAUCUACGGUUGAAGAAGUAAGUGGCGAGACGGUCAUAAACCAACUCAUUACGUGCUCCCAACGGUUACAAAUAACGGCCUCAAAAUUGGCAAAAUACGGAAAAACAAGAAAAUGAGCUAUAAUGAAAAAAGCGAGGCCAUCACUAAAGAGGAAUGGCUGCAACGGCUGGAACAGUUCCCGUUCAAGCAGGCGGACAUGAAUCGUUUAAUCAUGAACUACCUGGUCACAGAGGGGUUCAAGGAGGCAGCCGAAAAGUUCCAGCACGAAGCCGAGCUAGAGCCUAGUGUUGAGCUGAGCAGCUUGGAUGAUCGCAUCUUGAUACGGGAGGCUGUGCAGGCGGGCCGAAUUGAGGAGGCAACGCAUCUGGUCAACCAGUUGCAUCCGGACUUGCUGGGCAGCGAGUUCUAUUUAUUUUUCCACUUGCAGCAACUGCAGUUGAUUGAGCUAAUUCGUGCGGGCAAGGUAGAGGAGGCCUUGGUCUUUGCCCAGUCGAAGCUGUCCGAGUCGGGUGAAGACAUCCGUUUUGAGCUGGAGCGUACUCUUGCCCUGCUGGCAUUCGAAAAGCCGCAAGAGAGCCCUUUUGCCGAUCUACUGGAGCAAUCGUACAGACAGAAGAUUGCCAGUGAGCUCAAUGCGGCUAUAUUGCGAUGCGAGCACAACGAGGACUCGACGCCAAAGAUGAUGUUUCUGCUGAAGCUUAUAUUGUGGGCCCAAUCAAAGCUCGACAGCCGUUCGAUCAACUAUCCGAAGAUGAAGGAUCUAGAGACUGCGCAGCUGGAGAAUAAAUAAGUGUGGACUACCCAGACGGCACAAGCGGGGCUAACGGAUAAA